AUGCCGUCUGCGCAGUCCGCUAACGUUCGCUUCGCCCAGCUGUCCUCUGCGGCUCGCAGCCUGUGGCCCACCAUGAGCUCGCAGCCACCCUCCACCCUGAAGCAUCGCGGCCGCGACAAGAAGCGCCCGGCCACGCCGACCGCAGACAGCCCGGCCGAGAAGGUCAAUGGCGCUUUCCAACGCGCACAAUCAGAGGCCCACGCCAAGAUCGGCGCCGAAUGGGACUAUAAGAUCGCCUUUGCUGUGAUUACGCUGCUGGGCUUCUGGACGCGCUUCUGGGGCAUUACCCACCCGGACCAGGUCGUGUUCGACGAGGUCCACUUCGGCAAGUUUGCCUCGUACUACCUCCAGCGCACCUACUUCUUUGACGUCCACCCUCCCUUCGGAAAGCUGCUCUUCGCCUUCGCUGGCUGGCUUGUUGGAUAUGACGGCUCGUUCCUCUUCGAGAACAUUGGCGACUCGUACAUCACAAACAAGGUUCCCUAUGUGGCCUACCGAGCUCUGCCCGCUACCCUGGGCGCGCUCACCGUUCCCACCGUCUUCAUGAUCAUGUGGGAGUCUGGCUACAGUCUUCCGGCUUGCCUGACCGCGACCGCUCUUGUCCUCUUCGACAAUGCCCACGUGGGCCAGACCAGGCUCAUUCUGCUUGACGCUACCCUGAUCUUUUUCAUGGCUCUCAGCGUCCUCUGCUACAUCAAAUUCUACAAGAUGCGUCACGCUGCUUUCUCUCGCAAGUGGUGGAAGUGGCUCCUUCUGACGGGCGUUUGCCUGAGCUGCGUCAUCUCCACCAAAUACGUCGGUCUUUUCACUUUCUUCUCCAUCGGAGUUCCCGUUGCCUUCGACCUCUGGGACCUGCUGGACAUCAACCGGAGGCAAGGCUCACUCUCUCUCCCCGACUUUGGCAAGCAUUUCGCCGCUCGUCUGACAGCCCUCAUCAUCAUUCCCUUCUUUUUGUACCUUUUCUGGUUCCAGGUCCACUUCUCCAUCCUCACCCGCUCCGGGCCUGGCGACGACUUCAUGAGCCCUGAGUUCCAGGAGACCCUCAGUGACAACAUCAUGACCAUGCAGUCCGUCAGCAUUGACUACUUCGACGCCAUUACCAUGCGCCACAAGGAGACCAAGGUCUAUCUGCACAGUCACCCGGACCGCUACCCCCUCAGGUACGACGAUGGCCGUAUUUCCAGCCAGGGCCAGCAGGUUACCGGCUACCCCCACAACGACACCAACAACCACUGGCAGAUUCUUCCUGCUGUCGCUCCCACUGACAAGCCGCGCCGUGUCAAGAACGGUGACCUGGUUAGGUUCCGCCACUUGGUGACCAAUACCGUGCUCCUGACGCACGAUGUUGCCUCACCUUACUAUCCGACCAACCAGGAAUUCACCACUGUCGACAUGGAGACUGCCAACGGCGACCGCUUCAACGACACCAUUUUCGAAAUCAAGAUUGAGAACGGCAAGGCCGGCCAGGACUUCAAGAGCAUGGGUUCGCACUUCAAGCUCAUCCACUGGCCGACCAAGGUUGCCAUGUGGACCCAUACCCAGCCUCUGCCGGAUUGGGCCUACAAGCAGGCUGAGAUCAACGGUAACAAGAACGUUCAGCAGUCCAGCAAUGUCUGGUACGUGGAUGAAAUUCCCUCUCUUGCCGUCGACAGCCCGCGUCGCGUCCAGGAGCCACGAAAGGUAAAGCAACUGCCUUUCUUGAGGAAGUACUUCGAGUUGCAGCGGGCUAUGUUCUUCCACAACAACGCCUUGACUAGCAGCCACCCAUACUCUAGUUUCCCCAUCUCUUGGCCUUUCUUGCUUCGCGGUGUCAGCUUCUGGACGGAGAACGAUACAAGACAGCAGAUCUAUUUCCUUGGUAACCCACUUGGCUGGUGGCUGGCCAGCAGCUUGCUUGCGGUCUUCGCUGGUAUUAUUGGAGCUGAUCAGCUGGCUCUCCGCAGAGGUGUUGAUGCCCUUGAUCAACGCACUCGCUCGCGCCUCUACAACUCGACUGGUUUCUUCUUUCUGACGUGGGCCGCGCAUUAUGUGCCCUUCUUCAUCAUGGGCCGCCAGCUCUUCCUUCAUCAUUACCUUCCUGCACAUCUCGCAUCGGCGCUUGUCACAGGAGCUCUCGUCGAGUUCAUCUUCAAUAUCGAGCCUCCCAGCGCUGAGGAGCUGGAGGCUAAGAAGAAGAAGGGCACUGCCCGUAGCUCCCGCCCUGUCCGUGAAAGGCUGGCAGGCCAGAGCCUUUUCGGCACCUGGGCAGCCACUGGCGUUAUUGUGGCAAUCGUUGUCUGGGGCUUCUACUUCUUUGCCCCGCUCACCUACGGCAAGCCUGGUCUCGACGUGCCUCAGGUCCUUGCCAGGAAAUGGCUCAACUACGAUCUGCACUUUGCCAAAUAA